AUUGCGAUCGAUUAAUCGAUAAAUGCGCAAAAUUUUACAAACAAUUAAUCGAUUAAUCGAAUCGAUAUCGAACAUCCCUAGUUUGUUUUUAUCUGCUAUUUUGCUAAACGAGGUUUUCUCUAGAAUGUAUCUUCUUAUUCUAAAUUGGGUAGGUUUAUUAAACUACUAAAUUGUGCAGUACUGAAUUAGGUGGUUAACUGUCUACCCCAGUCGUCUAUUGAUCUUCAAGAAUGAGUAUAAAAGGUAUAAAAUUAAUAACCUUUGAUGUUACUAAUACGUUAUUAAAUUUUCGGAUGCCAGCAUGGCAGUUCUACACUUUAAUAGCUCGUGAUCAUGGCUUCAUUGGUAAUGAAGAAUUUGUGAAAGGGCGAUUUAAAGACAGCUACAAAGUAAUGUUAGAUAAAUAUCCAAACUUCGGCAGGUCCAAGAUUACUUGGGAGGAAUGGUGGACUGAAGUUAUUAAGAAAACAUUUGAAGGACAACUUCCACCCUCUGCCAAUAUUUUUAAAAUAGCAGACAAACUUAUUAACGAAUUCAAAACUGCAAACUGCUGGUGCGUGGCACCAGCAGGAGUCAGACUGCUAUGUGAGCUACAAAUUCAACAAAAAACCCUUGGCGUUAUUUCAAAUUUUGAUCCAAGGUUAAAUCAGAUUCUUAGAAGUGUGAAGCUAUGGGAUAAUUUUGACUUUGUGUUAAAUUCAUAUCAGGUAGGGUACAGUAAGCCUGAUAAGAGAAUUUUUGAUCAUGCACUGGAGCAGUGUAAAUUUCUUGUCAGGCCUUCAGAAGCUUUGCAUAUAGGUGAUGAUGUGAAUAAAGAUUAUGAAGGGGCUAAGGCUGCAGGAUGGCAUGCUAUUCUCAUUUCCAAUAAGUAUUUCACUGAGAAACCACCAGCACAAAGACAUGUGUUCAAGAAUUUAGAAGAAUUAAGUUUAAAAAUAAGUCAAAAUAAUCUGCAGCUCUGAUUACACUGUUUGAGUUAGCAAGCUUGUAGAUGGUUAUUAAUUUGUUCUCAAGUUAGAUGUAGUUAUUAUUUCUCAUCAACCAAUAUGUUUGAGACUUAGAUUAAAACAAAAAGGGAUGAUACCGUACGCUCAUACUAGCAUCAAAUAAAAAAAACAACUGAUUGCACUCCAAGAGUGCUGGCAGAAGUGAA